AUGGUGAUGGGGCAGAGCGGGCUGGGGAAGUCCACGAUGGUGAACACCCUCUUCAAGUCCAAGGUGAGCCGCAAAGCCUCGCAGCCCGGCCAGGAGGAACGCAUCCCCAAGACAGUGCAGCUCCACUCCAUCACCCACGUCAUCGAGGAGAAGGGUGUGAAGAUGAAGCUGACGGUGACGGACACGCCAGGCUUCGGGGACCAGAUCAACAAUGAGAACUGCUGGGACCCCAUCAUCAAGUACAUCAACGAGCAGUACGAGAGGUACCUGCGUGAGGAGAUCCUCAUCACUCGCAAGAGGAAGAUCCCAGACACCAGGGUCCAUGGUUGUGUCUACUUUGUGCCCCCCACGGGUCACUGGCUGCGCCCACUGGACCUGGAGUUCAUGCGGCGGCUCAGUAAGAUCGUCAACGUGGUGCCGGUGAUCGCCAAAGCCGACACCCUCACCCUGGAGGAGCGGGCAGAGUUCAAGCAACGGGUGAGGGAAGGGCCCCAAGGGGCUCCCGGGGCGGGGGUGCCGGCGAUGCCACGGGGUGAGCGAGCUCCUCUGCACCCCCAGGAGAAGAUCCCCUUCGCCGUGGUGGGGGCGGACCAGGAGCACCAGGUGAAUGGCAAGCGGGUGCUGGGCCGCAAGACCAAGUGGGGCAUCAUCGAAGGUGAGGGGAGCUCCUCCCACCCCCA